AUUCCAAUCUUUUGCAAAUUGAAUGUCAAAUAUUUGUCAGAGCUUCUCCUCCCUCCACGGAACUUUAAGAAAAUGAGUUUCGGAGGGCAAAACAACAUUAUUGUCUUGUUGCUGCAAAUAUGUUUACUUCUUCUUGCAGAAUCCAAAGCUAAUGCUUUCUAUGAUUACACCGCCAGCAUUGAGUGUCUGGAAAAUCCCCAUAAACCUCAGUAUGGUGGAGGGAUCAUCACAAACCCCGAUUUUAAUCUUGGAACGAAAGGAUGGUCCGCAUUCGGAAGUGCAAAAACUGAGCAUAAACAAUUAGGUAGCAACAAAUUUAUUGUGGCUCGUAACAGAAAUCAACCAUAUGAUAGUGUCUCACAAACGAUUGACCUGCAAAAGGACAAGCUGUACACCUUUUCAGCUUGGUUCCAAGUGAGUGAAGGAGAAGCUUCCAUAAGCGUAGUUGUCAAAACAACUACCGGUUACAAACAUGGUGGUUCUGUUGUUGCCAAGUCCAAGUGUUGGUCCAUGCUUAAGGGUGGCUUCACUGUAGAUGCGUCAGGCCCGGCUCAGCUCUAUUUUGAGAGCAAUAAAACGUCAGUUGAAAUACGGGUCGAUAGCGUCUCACUACAACCAUUCACCCAAAAAGAGUGGAAUUCCCAUCAAAAUGAAAGCAUUGAGAAGAAACAUAAGAGAAGAGUAAGAAUUCAAGCAGUUGAUUCGCACGGCAAACCCCUUACUAAUGCAAAACUUUCCAUUGAGCAAAAGGUCUCAUCAACAGUGCCAAUCGGUUGUGCUACAAACAAGAACAUCCUCAACAAUGUCAAGUAUCAACAAUGGUUCACUUCAAGAUUCGGCAUUACAACAUUUGAAAAUGAAAUGAAGUGGUACAGCACUGAACCAUCCCAGGGAAAGGAGGACUAUUCACUAGCCGAUGCCAUGCUUCAAUUCAUGAAACAAAACCACAUAGCAGUUCGUGGCCAAAACGUCUUUUGGGAUGAUCCGAAAUACCAACCCGGUUGGAUCAAUUCGCUCUCACCAUCCGCACUUGCUUUGGCCGCUGAAAACAGGGCGAAAUCCGUAGUUUCAAGAUAUAAAGGACAGCUUAUUGCUUGGGAUGUUGUUAAUGAAAACUUGCAUUUUUCUUUCUUUGAAAACAAGAUGGGGGCAAACGCAUCCGAAACUUUUUACAAGUAUGCUAACCAAUAUGAUCCGUCAACUUUGAUGUUUAUGAAUGAGUUUAACACGAUAGAGGAAAUAAGUGAUCAGAAAUCAUCUCCUGCUAACUACCUUAAAAGGUUAAGAAAGAUCCAAAGUUAUCUUGGUAACGGUGCACAGGUGGCUAUCGGGCUCGAGUCUCAUUUUCGUGUGCCGAAUCUCCCUUACAUGAGAGCUUCUAUUGAUAUGCUUGCAGCAGCCGGCGUGCCCAUUUGGCUCACGGAAGUGGACGUUGAAAAUGGUCCCAACCAGACGCUGUACUUAGAGCAGGUGUUAAGGGAGGGACAUAGUCACCCUAAUAUUGGCGGAAUGAUCAUUUGGGGGGCAUGGUCGCCUCAAGGAUGCUACCGGAUGUGUUUAACCGAUAAUAAUUUUAAUAAUUUGCCGACUGGAGAUGUUGUGGACAAACUGUUGCAUGAAUGGGGCAUUAGAAAGCUUGACGGUACGACCGAUGCUAAUGGAUUCUUUGAGGCCUCCGUUUUCCAUGGAGAUUACGAAGUGAAGAUAAUUCACCCAGCUGUCAAAAAUUCUUCCUUGGUUCACCGCUUGAAUGUGCCAUCAACAAAUUCCUCAACACUGCUUCUUCAAGUUUCGUCCUGA